UCUUUUAGAUUCUCAAUAGAAAUGAGAAGUUUUGUUCUGUGAUAUUUAAUUUAUUAAAUUACCAAAAUGACUAUAUUUAACAUAAUACGCGCAGUAAACACAUUAAAAAACACCGGAAAGCUGAACUUGGGACAAAUUGAGGCCUAUUCAUCAUACGUCAAAUAUGCUGAACACAAGCAACUGGAAAGGAUUCGUAACAUUGGAAUUUCUGCUCACAUUGACUCUGGAAAAACCACACUGACAGAGCGGAUACUGUUUUAUACGGGCAGGAUUGAUUCUAUGCAUGAGGUCAAAGGAAAAGACAAUGUUGGCGCUGUAAUGGACUCAAUGGAACUUGAACGCCAAAGGGGAAUUACUAUACAAUCUGCGGCCACAUACACAAUAUGGAAGGACCAUAACAUCAACAUCAUCGACACUCCAGGACAUGUGGACUUUACCGUUGAAGUCGAGAGAGCUUUGAGAGUCUUGGACGGAGCAAUUCUAGUCCUCUGUGCAGUUGGUGGAGUACAGAGUCAAACUUUGACAGUGAAUAGGCAGAUGAAACGGUACAGUGUACCAUGUCUAGCGUUUAUAAAUAAGUUGGACAGAAUGGGCUCAAAUCCGGAAAGGGUGUUAAAACAAUUGCGUUCCAAAAUGAAUCACAAUGCUGCCUUCCUCCACUUGCCCAUUGGUCUGGAAAAGGAGUGCCAAGGGAUUUUAGAUCUUGUUGAAGAGAGAGCUGUUUACUUCGAUGGUGAUUAUGGUGAAAAGAUCAGAUAUGACGAGAUACCUCAGGACAGGCGAGCGGAAGUGAAAGAUAAGAAGCAUGAGCUGAUUGAACAUCUUUCAAACGUAGAUGAAACGCUUGGUGAAUUAUUCCUUGAAGAAAAAACCCCCACAGUUUCUGACAUCAAGCAAGCUGUUCGCAGAACGGUUCUCAAGCGCUCAUUCACUCCAGUCCUACUGGGCACUGCGUUGAAAAACAAAGGAGUCCAGCCCCUCUUAGACGCUGUACUAGACUACCUCCCACAUCCAGGAGAAGUAGAAAAUACAGCUAUAGUGAAUGAAAAGAAAGAGGGUGGGGGUGAAAACAUAAUCUUAGAUCCUGCUAGAAACGAUAAGAAGCCAUUUGUUGGGUUAGCUUUUAAACUGGAGGUCAGCAAGUUUGGACAGCUGACGUACCUGAGGUGUUACCAAGGAAUGUUGAAGAGAGGGGAUUACAUUUACAAUGCUAGGACCAGUAAAAGAGUCAAAAUCUCUCGCUUAGUCCGAAUGCACUCAAACAACAUGGAAGAAGUGAAUGAAGUGUUCGCCGGCGACAUUUUCGCGUUGUUUGGCGUCGAUUGCGCGUCUGGAGACACAUUCGUCAACGACAGCAAGCUGGACUUGUCUAUGGAGUCGAUACACGUGCCGGAUCCCGUUGUGUCUAUGGCUAUCAAGCCUAAGAAUAACAAGGACCGCGAUAACUUCUCCAAAGCUGUUGCGAGGUUCACCAAAGAAGACCCCACAUUCCAAUUCCGCUACGACCCAGACAACAAGGAAACCAUUGUCUCUGGCAUGGGAGAGCUGCAUCUGGAAAUAUACGCGCAGAGAAUGGAGAGAGAGUACAACUGUCCUGUGGAACUCGGCAAACCCAAAGUAGCUUUUAGAGAAACCAUGAUGUCGCCUUGCUCGUUCGACUACCUUCACAAGAAACAGUCUGGAGGUGCGGGUCAGUACGCCAGAGUCAUCGGUAUUAUGGAGCCGUUGCCGCCACAGCAAAAUACUGUGCUAGAAUUCUCCGACGAAACAGUGGGCACGAAUAUCCCGAAGCCUUUCAUACCUGGUGUCGAGCGUGGUUUCUUAGACACCUGUCAAAAAGGCUACCUAACUGGUCACAAGAUCUCCGGAGUAAAGUUCAGGUUACAAGACGGUGCUCACCAUAUUGUGGACUCUAGUGAAUUGGCUUUCUUCUUGGCGGCUAAAGGAGCUGUUAAAGAUGUAUUCGACGAAGGCGCCUGGCAAGUCCUCGAACCGAUCAUGUUCGUCGAAGUGACGUUACCUGAUGAAUUCCACGGCGUCGUCAUCGGCCAACUCAACAAGAGAGGCGGCAUCAUUACCGGUACCGAAGGAGCUGAAGGCUGGACCACUUUGUACGCUGAAGUGCCUUUGAAUAACAUGUUUGGAUACGCUGGAGAACUCAGGUCUGUAACCCAAGGCAAAGGCGAAUUCAGCAUGGAAUACAGCAGAUACUCCCCCUGCCUCCCCGAUGUCCAAGAACAACUCAUCAGAAAACACCAAGAGGAAUUGGGCUUCCUCCCAGACCAAAAGAAGAAGAAAAACUAACGUUAGUACUCUCUAGCUUAAUAGGUAUUGUUAUUUAAUUUUAUUUUAAGGGUAA